UACCCAUAAUGCAAUCACUAUAAAAGAUACCAUGUCUCUCCGAGACAGGUUAACCUCAGGUACAUAUUUCCUGAUAGUUCGUAUCAUACUCUCCGGUCGGCGCUGGCCAGUGUUGAAGCGGUCGGCAAGCGGAAUGGGUGCCGAUAAGCCCAAUGGCGUGGUGAACUACAGCCGCCGACCGCCCCAGAGGCCCUUCUUCCAACGCAUCAGGUAUGCGAUAUGGAAUCCAGAGGAGAGGACCUUCCUUGGCCGGACUGGCAGGAGAUGGGGCGUCAUCGGCAUGAUCUACCUAGUGAUGUACAUCUGCAUCAUCAUCUUCUUCUCGAUCUGCAUGUGCGGGCUGCUAGCCACCAUGGAUGACAGGAUACCAUACUUCACGCUCGCUGAUUCCAUUAUUGGAGACAAUCCCGGCAUGGGUCACAGGCCUCUGAUAUACCAGGAAGGAGCCCUGAUCUGGUACAACGCCGACAACAUCACUCACAUCAAGAAAUACACUGACAACAUAGAUGAAUUCUUAGCCCAAUAUGAAAACAAAACGCUGCUGCCCAACGGCGGAGUGAACCAGCGUGACUGUGGUGAUGUAAAGCCGCCCCGCGAGGAGGUCUGCUCCUUCAACACCAGCCAGUUCGGACCCUGCUCCAAGGAGUUCGGAUACGGUUACGCCGCCAAGACGCCAUGCCUUAUCAUCAAACUAAAUCGGUUAUUUGAUUGGAAGCCCCAGUUCUACGAGAAUCCCGGCGCUAUACCACCGGAAAUGCCGCCUGACUUACAAGAGUUCAUUAAAAACAACGCCACAGCUCAACAGCUUCGUAGUGUAUGGGUUUCCUGCCAGGGCGAGAGGCCCGCUGAUGUGGAAGCCCUCGGCCCUCUUAAGUACUGGCCUUACCCUGGAGUGCCGGAGACGUACUUCCCUUACGACAACACUCCGGGAUACCUUAGCCCUUUGGUGGCAGUGCAACUUCUUAAACCAACUUUGCAUCAAAUAAUAAACAUCCGAUGCCGCGCGUGGGCUCGAAACAUCAUAUACACGGAGAGUUUGAAGGAGCGGCUGGGCUCCACCCACCUGGAGAUCAUGAUCGACUGAAGGGACCACCUAGAAACUAGUCUAUCCGUUGUGCCUUAGUGUGUUACGUGUUGUGCAGGACCAGGAUCCAGGAAGCAUUCGGGAAUCAAAGAAUUUCAAUUUCGUUAAAUCUCAAUGCUUUAAUUAUUUACUUAACAUCUUACCCAGUAUAUGUCUGUCGUAUAGAUAUCGUGUUACUAUGUUGAGUAACGUAACGCCAUGAAAAGUUGUUAUACUAGAGCGACAAAUAUUUGUGAAUGUUAUAUUGUUCAAACUAUGUAAGUAAUAGGUAUGUAUUGUACAUAUUAAAUCCAGGACGUUUUUUCAAUUACGUGCUUUGAAUGAACUAGAAAAUAAAUGAGUAUGUAUAUCCCCAAUUUUUUGCUUCCUGGACCCGCCUUCACCAAGAGUGCAUUUAUUUAGCAGAGAAUGUCAUAAAUUAUACAAAGAUUCCAUUGGUAUCAUAGUUGGCCGCCGUAUUUUUACCGAUUUAUCCGCAUGUUGCUCGUAUGAGUAACGUAGCUCUGUAGAGUAACGCAGUUGCGUAAUUACUAGCUACUAUUAAUUUUUCACUCUGUACUACAUUACAUAGUGUCCAGAGUCCUAAUUCUAGAUGCCUUCGAUGAUAGACUGCAUGAAAUUUUCUUGUUAAAUAUAUUCGUGCAGAAACUGAUAUAGUGUAGAUUAGCCUUUUUUUUUAAAUCCACCUUAACAUUUUAUACUUUUUUACCAGUUUUAUGAAUGGCCAAUGACAUUGCAUAAAGAAACUCAUAUAGAGUGCAGACUAGCCUUCUUUUUAAAAAUCCAGCUUGAUGUAACAUUUUUAACUUUUUUACCAGUUUUAUAAAUGGCCAAUGACAUUGCAUAAAAAUUAUGAAAGUGUUUGAGAACGCAUAAGAUGUGGUACCUAUAUGUUAAUCAUUUGUUAGGAUUAUUAAGUGUUUGGAGUGUUGCAACAUUGUAAGUCUCAGCUUUCUGUCAAAUAUCUAAACAACUAUGUCAGGGCGCCUUAUUUCGUCUUCGAGGGCAUAUCCGUCUCUUUGUAAUUACGGGCGUUCUACUUGAAGGGCAGCUUUAAUAGCCGUGUAGGUAAAAGGAUUAGGAACAUGCCCUAUUUACCUAACAGUUAUCAAACCUGUUCCAUAAUUGGAAUUCCCGUAAUUGCAACAUCAUCAUCCGUAGACGGAAUAGGACCACACGAAUAUAUAAAAAUCGUUUGUGGUGCAAAUGUUCACUUACCAUCAGGCGCAGUGAUGGUACUUUGUUGUACCCAUAUAAGAGGUAAUAAAGUAUUGUGUUUAAUAACAAUAUUUUUCGAAAAACUGCAUGCUUUAUGUUUCAUUUAUCGCAUCUUCAUCAGCACACGUUCCUUAUCCGUUUUAAAUUAUGCUGCAUUGUUUUGAUAAAUCAAGAUGUAGAGCAUUGAUAACUAUUUUCUCUAAUCCCAAACCCAUCAAGAUGCAAUCGUUCCGCGUAAUAUUUAACUUGAAAUUAAUUGAAAUAAUUUUAUUUGACCCGUUAAAAUGUUACACCUACGUUAUUUAGAUUCCUUCAAUAUAAACUCUACCACCAGUUCGGAAAGCAGUUCUCACAAGAGAAGACCGACCAAGAAACUCUGGUUUUACAGCAGUUCAUUCAUAUGCUUGCAAAAUAGGUAACAAAAAUUUUAAAUUUUCAUACCAGUGCGCAAUCUUCUCAGGAAUCAUGAAAUAUAGUACUUAUAAUACCCCUAGUACUUCUUGCCAUUAUUUAUUUUUAUAUACCCUCUCAGCUUAUCAUCUUGCAUCUAUACAUCUUUGAUUAGUUCCUCUGUUCUUGUAUCCAUUAACUAGCUGCCAUAAAGUUUAAGAACAUCCGAUCGAACCAUAAAUGAGGAUUACAUACAGUGUUGCAGACUUCUUGAGAAUUUGAUGUUGAAUGUACUUAUUGAUUGCAAACGUGUAGCGUCAGUAGAUUGUCUUUUGUAAAUGGAGUCAUUAAAUAUAGAUCGUGGAAGACAA